AGUUUCAAUGAAUUCAUACACACAAUGCGCCGGGAAGCACCUUCCUUUGGUGAGUCUUAACCACAUUUUUGCGGCUUCACGUGUUUUCCCACACACCACAGAGCCGAGCCGUGCACGCUUCACUAGGCAAUAGAAGUAUUGAAGUGAUGUGUGGUUGGGCCGUUGGGGGCACUUGGUAGGUAUUGUGUGAGUUUGUUAGCAGCAGUAAAAGCGAAACAAUGUGAAUUAACCGGUCCUAUUCUACGCGUACCCUCGACCGCAUGGUCUGCGGCAGUCCCUGUCUGUCGUCACUACGCUUCGGAGCAGUCAGUGGUGACGACGACGACGACCAUCCACAACAACCACCGUCAGCCAGUACAAGCUAAUACUGUUAUCUGUGUUUUAAUUCACUCUAUUUCUAUUACUUUCAUUCAAUGUCAUCAGCGCCAUCAGGACGACUGCAAGUUGAGCUGCGAGAGAAAUCAGCAAAAACAAAAACGGAAUCGGUCUUAUCAGUCGUUGUCGUCGUCGGCAUCCUAUCUGCCUGGUGCAUUCUAGCUGUCGACGCGGUGUAGAUUUCAAGACCAAUAAUAGGAAAGGACACAUCAUCCAAAUUUUAGACAAACACGCUUCUGUCGAUGAUCAGCGUUCACUUAAUAACGAUAUCACAAUAAUGUACGUAGGUGGACUCUGAAAGGUCAUAAAUCCAAAUCUACAGAAACGUGUAUGUUAAAAAAAACAAUGCUGAUGUGCUCUUUCGUAUUGUUGGACUAGCUUUAGGAUCGUCCCGGCCUACCCGUCGCCGGCUUAGCUUAGUUGUGAGUCAGAAAACGUGUGAACUAUACCUCGUAGAUUCGACGGACGCAGAUUUGAAUAUCUUGAGAGCACAUGCUCCUCAUCACCGGUCGGUGCGUUUCUUCAGGGGUUUCGUGCGUUGUGUGUAGGGCAGUAAAUUUCGUAAUUGUCUCCCCCUAUUCCGGUGGGUGAGAUAAGGAAGCCAAAUAAUGGGGCUUCCGAACCGUGGACGCGGGAAGCAGGAAGACUUGUGUGAUCAGUGUUGAAACUUUUUCUGUGGACAUUGAAGCAAUCAACGGUGAUAGGCUAGCUGCGCCUGAGAUGAGGCACUUGGAUUGGAAUGAAGAAGUGAUACGCGUACCUAGCCCCAGAGUCAAAUCAAGUCAAGCUAAAUCCCUAGAUGAUAAGCUUUUCCAAUUUGAGCAAAGACGGGAGUGAAGAUUUAAGUGUCGCCAUCAAGAAGAACUCGUCGAUUGCAGUUGAAUGGAUGGAUUAGACGACGAUCAGUCUAAGCGAAGUGCAGCAGUUGUCGGCUGAUCGAGCUAUCGUCGAUUGGUGUGGUGUGCGGCUUCCGCCGAAAUAAUGUGAUGAUCGUGUGAAUUGACCCCCGAAGUUGUGUGAAUGAGCCAGUUCAAGGCCAUCGAGUGCUGGUGGGGAAAGUAUAUAGAUAAGGACUAUACGUGGAUACCUACAUAAGGAUACAGUGCAUGAGAGGCUUCAACGACAAUAAUGGCAGAUCCCACAAUACAGACAUUCUGCUGCCACAAUCGGAUACGAUCGCCGCCGGCAGUAAAACUUAUGUCCGAGUUCAACACCGACGGGUAUAUUGUGGUUUGUAUUGUUUCGUCGGUGCUGGGGAUAGCCGGUGCCAUAUAUCAGAUUUGGAUUCGCGACGAAGACCUGCCCAAUUCCCAGUACGGUCGACGGCGUCGACCAGGUUCCUCCUCCCUAACCGGCUACAGCACCGGGCGAAGUAUUAUCGUGUGGCUGGCGGUGGCCGAUCUGUGCGCUUCGUUCGGUGUCUUUCUGCGGUCGGCCUUGUGGAAGUACAUACAAAAUGUGAUCCCUCCGGAUAGCGAUGAUGACGACACCACCAACGUUAUCUUCUGUGCCGUCUCGUCGGCUUGGAUCCAGUAUUUCUACAUGUGCACCUGGCUGUGGACGUUGUGCUAUGCGAUCAACGUGCGACGGCAGCUGGCCGGCUUGGGGGUAGCUCUCCGGACCUACCACCGGUACGUGUGGAGCAUAUCGGCGGUGCUAACAGCGUCCGGGCUGACGGUGCUAUACGUUCCGGAUGCCGACUGCCAUAACGUGCACGACAUCGGCAGUGCCUAUCUGAGGAUACUGCCCAACUACCUCACCACGUACGGGCCGAUGGUCGCUGUGAUGGUGGCCAACCCGGUGCUGUACUUCACGGCCUCCCGACAGGUCGACCGGCAGCUGGUGGCGCGCUUCAGCCAGAUGACGUCGACCGAGCGCGAUCUCAUGACCAAGUUCAAGAUGAAGUUCUCUCUAAUCAACUUUGUGUUUUACGUGUGCUGGCUGCCGAAUCUGCUCAACGGUAUCAUCCUGUGGACCAUGUGGUUCUCGUUACCAUUCCAGACGAUCGUCACUGUGUGGUACGUUAUGGCUAUAACAAAUCCACUUCAAGCGUUCCUGAACACACUGGUGUACCAGAGGUGGAACUGCGGUUGGCGGUUACGAAGACAUGAAGACAAUGGGGAAGCCGAAGGCAGGCGCCGCAAUCGCCACUCCCAUGGAGCAACAGAAGCAACGCCUCUGCUUCAAUCACAGAUCUUCAAGCCCGACUCAUCAUCGGGAUCAAACGUCCUACUCCAAGAAUCUCCCAUCGGCCUGGACCCAAGACCAACACGAAGCAUCAAUUCCUGUACAUUGGUUUAGUAGCCAGGACAGACGAUUGACUGUGGGCUAGCAAAACUUUGUUAUUAACACACAAAUUAGUUUUUAAGGUGCAUUAAUUUUCUAUACCGUUAAGACUCUACUUAUUUAUAUGACAAUCAUUGUAAGGUUUCUUUUUUGUUCCACCCAAAUAAAUGACAGUUUCAUCGAAAGUUUCGUUCAUAUCUUAGGA